ACUAACCAGACAACGUGAAAGGACGAGGAUCGUCGUUGCUAUUCUAGGCUUGCGUCUCUCUGGGUUCUCUAUUACCAAACGACUCCUAGUCGUUGCGUCUCUCUGAUUUUUAUUUUCUCUCUGCUUCUUCUGGAGCUCUGUACCCCAGAGGGUCGCCUUCGGUUGUUCAAUUCCAUUAUUGUAAUGACCCCAGAGAGUCUUAGAAUCUUUAUCUGAUACACAUUCAUAUUUUUGCCUGUAAAGAAGAAGAAAGGGACAGCUUUUAUUACCUAACGUUCCGUUUUCUUCGCUUUUCCCCCUCUUGAGUUGGUGGGUUUGUGAGAGAUUGAGAGGAAUUGGUGGCUUUGGAGUUAAGAGUGUGAAGAUGGGAAGGAUUUCAAGGAUUGCGAGUUUUGCAAUUCCUUCUAUGAAGGAGAAGCAACAGCCUGUCAUUACGUGCACGACCUUCAACAUUCUCGCUCCCAUAUACAAGCGCCUCGACCAAGAGGACGCGAGUUGUCGCGAAAGCGACUACAGACCGUUUUGGUUGGACAGGAAUGACAGAAUAUUGGACUGGCUGUUGCAGGAGAGGUCUUCCAUUAUCUGUCUUCAGGAAUUUUGGGUUGGAAACCCAGAGCUUGUUAAUUUGUACGAGAAGAGACUCGGUGAUGCUGGUUAUAUUAAUUUCAACCUUGGACGGACUAACAACCGUGGGGAUGGUCUUCUGAUAGCGGUGCAAAAGGAACACUUUAAGAUUCUCAAUUACAAAGAAUUGCACUUCAAUGAUUGUGGUGAUCGUGUAGCUCAGGUGUUGCAUGUUGAAUUAGCUUCUCCAUUAUCACAAUCUCGAAAUAAUGAUACUGGGCAGGAAAUGAUCAUUGUCAACACCCACUUGCUAUUUCCUCAUGACUCAAGUCUGUCCAUAGUACGACUGCAUCAGGCCUACAAGAUACUUCAAUACGUAGACUCCUAUCAGAAAGAGUAUCAACUGAAGCCUCUUCCAAUCAUGCUAUGCGGUGACUGGAAUGGUAGCAAACGUGGGCAUGUUUACAGGUUCCUGAGGUCCCAUGGGUUUGUAUCAUCAUAUGAUAUUGCUCAUCAAUACACAGAUGCAGAUGCACACAAGUGGGUUAGUCACCGAAAUCACCGAGGAGAUAUUUGUGCUGUUGAUUUUAUAUGGCUUCUAAAUCCUGACAAAUAUCGGAAACUACUAAAAGCGACUUGGAGUGAUGCUGUAUUUGGCAUGUUCAAGUAUCUACUGCGGAGAGCUUCUCUGAAUGAAAGUGAUGCAUUUGCCUUUCUAAAGGGUGAUAACGAAGAUUGUAUUACCUUUGCUGGUUUCUACGAUGCACUUGAACAGCUUAAUUUAAUUGGUCCUCCGUGUGGACUUAGUGUUCAAGAGGCAAAGGACUUGUGGGUCCUAGUGGAUGCGGAUGGAAAUGGCUUGCUGGAUUUUAAAGAAUUUCAGCAGCAAAUCUGGAUUCCGUCAUGUUUAGAUCAGAUAGAUGAGAUAAAGAGUGAGGAGCAAAAUGAUGAAUCAAAGAGCAAUCAGGAACAAGCCAUUGGUUUCAGCAUAAAGAAUGCAACACUGUCCCCUCCUGAGGCAGAAAAAGGCAUAUGGCCUGAAGACUACUAUCUAUCUGAUCAUGCAAGACUCACAGUAGCGUUUUCGCCGAUAAGACUGCCAUGUUCCCGGAUGAUAUAUUGACAGAAAUGCUUGGAGAUGGGGGCACUCAAUCCAGGGUUUAACACUUUUGUACAUAAUAGGACUCGAGAUGUGAAUGGAUGGAUGAAGAGGCAACUACACAAGACUCAUGAGGAGGCUUCAAGCCAGAAACAGAACAGCACCAGUUAACAGAGUAAUCAAUUGGAAGUGAUGUUAUGUUACCAAGCAAACGUGGUUGGUUGGUGGCAUUUGAAGUCAUUUGAUAUGUUUUUCCAUUCAACAGAGGAGAGGAGAAUGAUGUGUACAGUGUUGGUUUAGUUUGUAGGGAUAAAUUGUUUUGUAGCUUGGCCUCUAGUAAUUUUUGACUUUAGACUCCGUAAAAAUUUUCAAAGUGUACAAAGAAAGGAUUAAUUUAGUUUCUCUCUCUAACCAAAACAAAAAGAAAGCGCUGAACAGAGGCAAUCAAAUACUGUUACUAACGCAAAGCAGCCACUAUAAU